GUAGUAAAGCUAGAUAAAACAAAUUUAAAGUAAAAGUGACCGCUAGGAAACGGUGAAUAAAAUUUUUAAGUUUCUGUGACAGUUCACAGUGUGAAAUGUGAAUUAAUAGUUAGAGGUUAGGUAAUAAAUAAGACCUUCGUAAUUUUAAACAUUACAAAUAUUUAUACUUUACUGUAACAAGCACUUUAUUUUUUUGUCCAUCAAUAAGUUACAGUUUAUUUGAAGGCUAAUCUCAGAAUGAAAGGGAUUGCAAAAUAAACACUGUUAACCAAAAGAUUAGAUUCUUAAGAACAUCCAUUCACUUCAGUGCUUAGUGGUUACGUUGCAUUUUAUCGCAAAAAUUACGUUUGUUUGAUUAUUUAACAAAAAAGCAAUGGCAGAGUCGCAAAAUUUAUUAUUACAGCAAAUCAAAGAGCAAGGUGAUCUCGUUAGAAAGUUAAAAGCGGCGAAAGAAUCUAAUGAAAAGGGUAUGAUUAUUAACAAAAAAAAUCAAGAUCUUGGUCAGAUUGACAAACAUCUAUCUCAAUACAGUUAUAUUUGUGGUUACUUGCCUAGUAAAUAUGAUUUAGAACUACUAAAAAGUAUAAAUUUUGAUGUAGAUUUCUAUAAAUAUGUGUAUAUUAAGAGAUGGUGGUACCAUAUGAGGAGUUUCAGUGACUCUGAAAGAGCUUUGUUACCUGACAGUAUACCAACAAGAGACGUUAUUGAUCUACUAAAACCAUACCGUUCAGUUAAUUAUGAUUAUCAGAUACAAGAAGAGGUUUCAAAAUUAUUAGGUUUAAAAGCACAACUUAACAAUGAAGAUGCUGCACCUCAAAAGUUUACCCUUAAGACACCAAAGGGCACCAGGGAUUACAAUUCCCAACAGAUGUCUAUAAGGAACAAUGUUUUGCAGAAAAUUACUACCAUAUUUAAAAAACAUGGAGCAGAGUGUAUUGAUACACCUGUUUUUGAACUUAAGGAAGUAUUAACAGGAAAAUAUGGUGAAGACUCGAAAUUAAUUUAUGACUUAAAAGAUCAAGGUGGAGAAAUAUUAUCUUUAAGAUAUGAUCUUACAGUUCCCUUAGCUCGUUACUUAGCAAUGAAUAAAAUAACAACACUAAAAAGAUAUCACAUUGCCAAGGUGUACAGAAGAGAUAAUCCAGCCAUGACAAGAGGGAGAUACAGGGAGUUCUACCAAUGUGAUUUUGACAUCGCCGGCCAGUACGAUCCCAUGAUUCCUGACGCGGAAUGUCUUAAAGUGGUCACGGAAAUCCUAGACGUCCUUGACAUUGGGAAAUACAUACUGAAGGUGAACCACAGACGUUUGUUGGACGGAAUGUUUGAGGCGUGCGGCGUCCCCGCAGACAAGUUCCGCUCAACUUGCUCCACUAUAGACAAGCUCGAUAAGUUACCGUGGGCGGAGGUGAGAACUGAAAUGAUAAACGAAAAAGGCGUCACUCCCGAAGCUGCAGACAAAAUUGGGGAAUACGUACAACUCAAUGGUAGUUCGGAGUUGGCUGUCAAACUCUUGAGUGAUGAAAAGCUGUCGAAAAGUAAGAGUGCUGUUGAGGGACUCGAAGGUAUUAAGCUACUGUUGCACUACUGUGAGCUGAUGGGAAUUAAAGAUAAAAUUCUCUUCGAUUUGAGUCUCGCUAGGGGAUUGGAUUACUACACUGGAGUCAUUUAUGAAGCGGUUUUGACGCACCCAAUUAAAAUAGGAAAUGAAGAUCAGACAGUGGGUUCGAUAGCCGGCGGUGGACGAUACGAUAAUCUCGUUGGAAUGUUUGACUCCAAGAAUAAACAGGUGCCAUGCGUAGGAGUGAGUGUGGGCGUGGAACGUAUAUUCUCAGUGCUCGAAGCGAAGUUGGCUGCGGGUGAUAUUGUCGUACGGACGACGGACAUAGACGUGUACGUUGCGUCUGCGCAGAAGAACUUCCUCGACGAACGUAUGAAGAUCUGCGCCGAGUUGUGGAAUGCUGGAAUAAAGACCGAGCAAUCCUACAAAAAGAAUCCAAAGAUGCUGAACCAACUCCAGCACUGCGAAGAGAACGGAAUCCCCUUUGCUGUGGUUCUUGGAGAAUCGGAACUCAAGCGUGGUGUGGUUAAAAUCAGGAAUGUUACCACUCGGGAAGAGGCUGAAGUACCUCGAGAGAAAUUGGUUGAGGAAUUGGAGACCAGAAUCGCAAAUUUUGGUCUGAAGGAAAUGAAUGGGUCGUCUUAAGGUACUAAGUAUGUUUUAGAGCGAAAUUUUCAAUACAAAAAUAAUAUGUGUUUCAAUUGGUACAAAUGUUUGUGUUAUUCGUUCUAGGCCUGAAAUAUCGCUAACGAUGUGUUAUAAUUAUAUAAGAUUUUAUAUACAGAGUAUUGCUACACAUGUAUUAACUUAAAGAACAUAAUUAACUCGGUAUUUUGAUUUCAUUUUCAAGAGAUAAAUUUGGUGCCCUUGAAUUAUGAAUAUAAAGUUGUUAAAACCAAAGAAAAAAUCAUAUUGAAAUGAAUUGGUUAGAAUUGGUAGAUUCGCUCUAAAAUAUAUUUCUCGUUCCUCAAAAUGUGUGUACAAAAUUGUAUUAGUUAACAUCAAUCAAGAUUCCUCAUUAUUUAUUCUAAUAUAAGAAUUUUCUUGAAACGAUUUUACGAAUGUGCGUUACAUUUUUUAAUAGAUUUAUUACGAUUUAAUUGCAUUUUAUUUUAUGCCACGGAAAAUGUGUUUAAUGAUAGAGCCAAAGACUUUCACAAUCUCUUCCAUACAACAGAUAUGAGUUUCCAGAAGAAAUGUCAAAUAUGUUCAUCUGACAUUACUAUUUAUAAAAAUGUCAAAUAUAUUUGAGCAAAAAUGUUUUGAGUUAAAAUAGUUUCAAACAAAAAACUAUUCCCUUUUCAUACGUUCGUGAUCCAUCCAACUGUUUUUGAUUAUUUUUGUUUAUUUUUAUUUUGCUUCCAUCUUUAUACCCCAAAAAUAUUUUCUACACAAUAUGGAAGACAUCUUUAUUAAACACAUUUUCGCAUUUAUAUGAUUCACGAAAUAGAUCAAUAAAUAUGGAUGUAGUAUGUUCCCUUGCUGUAGCUCAUGAUAUGCAAACAGUAACUAUACUAUUAAUAACUUACAUUUUGCAUAUGGGUGAUAUAAAAUUUAAGUGAAAUUAGCACUGUUUUUAGCACUAGGCACGUAAAGCAAUAUUUGGGAAUGAGAACGUGUACGCGUGUACGUACAGGUUGCGUAACUGUAACGUAUGAGAUAAUUUCAUUACGAUGUACGAUUACUAUUAUCGCGCGUAGAUUAUGAUAUUGUUACGUACGAGCUUCCCUCUCUGUCUCGGAUCAUUCCGUCCUUGUCCCACACCUAGAAAAUUCGAUCUAGAAUAUUCCUUCAUCAAAGGAGUGUAACUAGUCCGGAAAACGGGUCUCCCGAAAACUAGACAACUCGAAUACAGAUGUUCUGAAAUUGCCUGAAAAAAAUAAAUCAGCCAUCUGAAAACAAGGUUUUUGCAAAUAACAAAUUCUUAUUUGUGAUUGACCCUCUCCUCGGCCCGAAAUUAUAUUUUAACCUGUUGAAAAGUUCUGUAACUAGUAGAAAAAUCUAGAACAUUACAGUCGAUUAUAAUAAUUCAGUGGCGCGACGCUAAAUGGGCCUUUAUCUGAGAUUGCAUUAGUUUCUUAGAAUUUCCUUAUUUCAUAGACAAGUGAUCAGGCUUGUCUGACAUGUCGUCGAAUUUUGGAUUUGAGACCUGUAGGUUUCCUCGCGAUGCAUUCUAACACGAGUUAGAUGCGCACCUAGAAAAAACCACUGGACCCUGCCGGGGAUCGUACCUACGACCCCGAGAUGAGAGGCGCACAUAAACGCCAUAAUAGGGACAUACAAUUUAUAUAAAAUUGCUCAUUACCCCGGUGAAUAUAAUUUUGGCGGCCCUAGCUGCCUAUUUUCUGAACAUCCAUGAAUGAAUUCUUAUUUAUUUAUUUCGUGAUACUAGGUAGAGAAAUUUAGUGUUAUAUAUAAGUUAUAUAAGCAUUUUCAAGCAAUAAUUUGUUCAAUAGCUUUUAUAUUAACUUACCCAUGUAGGUUUAAUAGUAUGAAAGCUCUGUUUAAGCCUGAAAGUAAUUUAUCAUAAUGGAUGUAAGCUUUUCUGUUACCCAUAGACUAUUUGUAUAUCUGAUUUUUUAAUAAACAUGGUUUAGAGUA